CUGCCUGGGUCGGUUUUUCUCUCCUCAGUCUGCGUCCUGUCCAGCAGUGUGCUCUCUGCUCAAGGCACUAACUCCUCAGGCCUGCUUCUCAUUCAUAAAGUUCAGCCUGAUCUUCUCUGAAACUCCUUCCAGCAUUCAACUGUCUUCCCAGAGGAAGGUCUAAGCCAAGCUCGGGUGUAGGGAAACUACAAUUCCCAGAAAGCUCUCUGCAGACUUGGCGUUCACUUCCUGCAGAGCCGCUCAGCAGCCAGGUGCAAACAUUUCCGUCAAUAGGCAGAAAACAACCUUGAAGAACCUUGGCGUGCCCAGGAUUUAGAAAACUUAGGGAUGGAGCCCCCCGAGAUGAACCCAGUGCUGGAGCCGCUGUCCUGGAUGCUGGGCACCUGGCUGUCCGACCCCCCUGGAGCCGGGGCCCUCCCGAUGCGGCAGCCCUUCCGUUACCUGGAGGAGGCCCACAUCUCCCACGGGGGCCAGCCCAUGCUCAGCUUCUCGUUCAGCGCCUUCCACGCGGACACCAAGAGGCCGAUGCACAGGGAGUGCGGCUUCAUCCGCCUCCAGCCUGACACCAACAAGGUGGCCUUCGUCAGCGCCCAGAACACAGGCAUCGUGGAGGUGGAGGAGGGCGAGGUGAACGGGCAGGAGCUGUCGAUUGCGUCGCACUCCAUCGCCAGGAUCUCCUUUGCCAAGGAGCCCCACGUGGCACAGAUUACCCGAAAAUUUAGGCUGAAUUCUGAAGGCAAACUUGAACAGACGGUCUCCAUGGCAACCACUACACAGCCCCUGACGCAGCAUCUUCACGUCACCUACAGGAAGGUGACACCCUAGGAGUCAGGCAGAGCUCAUGCUUGGGCAGGGGCAGGGCGACGGCCCGAAGGUCGAAGGUCACAGCUGCUUCUCCCAUGACCAGCGGCCUCAGGGCAGAGGCCCCUGGAGCAGAAGCGCGUGUGGCUGGAUGCGUCCCUGGGCUCAGGAGAUGCUCAGCACUCCUGUGCGGCACAGAGAAACCAAAUAAAAGGCCUUUAUUUUUGUGGCUGAGGAUUUUGAAUAUCAUCGCUGUGUGGACUGUUUCUUCACCUGCUGGUGACGAGGGGCUUUCCCAAGGCUUAUCCCCGAGAAGUUAAGGGAGGGGACUCUCUCCUCCUUCCCUUGUCCUUUUUCCUUCCUGCAGUUUGACAAGAUCUAAAAUAUUUAUAAAUCUUCACUAGAGGAGUAGUCGAUGAUAAGUCGAAGAGAAGAUGGGGCCAAACGGGUGGCUCUGUAUGGUCACCUUUAAAAGAGCCAAGCGGGCUUCAGGAUUCGUUCCACUGACGAGGGCUAGUUCAUUUAAUAUGUAAGUUUUAUUUUAUAAUUCUUUCAUAUAAUGUUCCUCUCGUUUUUGUUUUUACCAUGAAAGUUUCCAAACAUACACUCGCCCCUUGUACUUGUUGCCCACCUUCAACCACAGACAGCAUUUUCCCCACGCUAGUUCCAUCUUUUCCUCCACUUGAUUUGUUGCAUUAUUUUUAAGCAAAUUCCAAAUAUGAUGUCAUUUACCCCUAAAUGCUUUAGCGUCUGUCUAAACGUGCCACCGUAUCAGAAGCACACCAUGCGACAGAGUCAGCCAGCAGGGCCCGUGAGGCGAGGUGGGUGCUGGGCCCCGCGGGGAGGGCCUGCGGGAGGGCUUUCCUCCCGGGCUGGGACAGGGGCCGCCGUGUGCCGGGUUCUCGCUGGGACCCAGGUCUCAAGGCAUGUUGGGGCUGCUGGGUGUCCCAGAGUAACCUGGAGACGGAAUUGGAGCCAUCUCUGCACUGGGUGACACUGGGUGAUGCUGGAAAGGCCUGGAAGCACUGCAGGCCCUCCCCUUCCUCCUUCCGGGCCUCCGCCUGGGUAUCGGCUGGCAGAGCCCACAUGCCCACUGGCUGGAAGGGGCCGGCUCAGGGUGGGGGGUCCUGGAGCGAGACACUGCCGCGGUGCCGUCCAGAGCCCAAUGUCUCCCGACACCCAGCAGUUCGUUUGGCCUCAGGGCCACACCUCGAGUUGGUGUUCCAUCUCCUAGGAGCCUUCUCAUCUGCUGCAAGUCCCUGUCAUCUCUCCUGUGCCACUGGCGUGCCGGGGAAGCUGUCACUGCUCAGGACAGGCGGAUGGCCUCCUUGUUGCCCUUGGCCUGUCCCCCAGCCCUGGCUGCCACCUGGGGCUGGGCCGACAUGCUGGUGAGUGCAGCGCCCGCUCCAGGCCUGCCCGGUGCCGGUCCCGCUGGGGCGGGGGCCCCCCUGCCUGCCGGCCUGGCUCUACUGGUGCUGACCGCCUGCCCAUUUACUCCAGUCCCCAUCAGCCUUUCACCCCAGAGCGCAGCCAUUGCGGGGGCUCCACUCAGGCUGCCAAACAGCCACCUCUGCUGUCGUUACUUCCACCUCCAGUGCCGGCACCCUCCGGGAGAGCUUUCCUUCACCCAUUAGGAUAAAUUUGGUUAUCCCGAGACAGGUUCUACCAGAAAGCAGCAUGGUGCUUCCUUCUUUCCCUCUGCCAACCGAUCUCGGAGAGAGGAGGGCCCAGCGACCUCCGCGGCUGGUGGAUGAGGACUUUCCCAGCCACUGAGCUGCCCCCUCCCGCCACCACGGACCCAAGAUCUCUGUGGAUAUUGGGUGUGAUUUUAAUCAGGCACAGGCUCUUUAUUCGGAGUGGGGGGGUAUUUAAAUCAUCCCAUACGUGGCCAGAGGGGCCCCCGUGGGCCUGUGUUUCCACCAGCCUGGCCAGGAGGGAGCUGGGCAUUGGCAUGGGAUACGCACGGUCUUGGAAAGAAAAUUGAGUUCACACUAAUCUUCCACUCAAGUUUGAAGAUUAUAGAUUUUUUUUUUUAAUUUAAAUCCUUUGAUCUUAUUUCUCUUAAGUUGAAAUUUUUAGUUCUUGACAUUAUUUGCUUUAUUCUACAGGAUGUAGAUAUAAUUACUUCAAAAUAAUAAUACUUGUUAACAAUAAGGCUGCUGCUGGGAGUGUGAUUUUUCUUUGGUUUUCUUUUGUACUUUUCCCAUGGAAGACAUGUCAAAACACUAUUAGAAGUGGAACAAUUGUUUUCUCUGUGGUUUCAGAAGCUACUUGCACAAGUCCAUUUGUAUCUGUUUAAUUUCUAGAGGUUGCCUUCUUGUUGAAGUAAUUUUUGAUUAUAGAAAACAUUUUACAUGACUAUCAUCAAGACCAUAAGAGGGUGCACUCAGCAGAGCCUCGCACACGUGCCCUCCUCCCUCAGUAGGUCACCAUUUCCCCUGAAAACAGAAAUCUGUCGAUACACGGGUGUGUGUUUCCCUGCCCCAUCGCCACCUCUCAGCCUCGGGUGUGUGGCACCCCGGGGCCCUCCCGCGGCCGCUGCCUGGCUCACCCUCAGCCCUGCGGUGGGCUGUCUCCAGGGUCUCGGUGGAGAACCCUGCAUCUGCAUUUCGGAUGGUGCCAGCGUGUCUUUGGGGAACUUUCCGGAAGUGAGAUUGUCAGCAACCACAGAGCACUGUCUCGGGCAUGGCCGGCGCUGCCUCCCGGGGGCCGCACGUGUUGACCCCCCACCCCCGCGUGGCGCCACCACAGCAGCGUGUUGUCAAAGCUUGGGUGCGGGCCAACCUAGCAGGCGAGAAACGGGAUCUUGGGAGUGUUGGGGUUGGCGCUUCUCUUAGUGUAGACCUUUUUAUUCUUGGUUUUCAGAGCUCAGGAAAUAGGAAUAUUAACCCUAAUGAACAUCCCUAAUUUUAAGUUACAAAUAUUUUGAAACUGUUAAAAGUUACAACUGUGAUUUGUCUGUUGACUUUGCUUAUGGGAUGUGUGGUUUGCUUGGUUGGUGUUUGGUCAGGUAAAAUGUUUUACUUUUUUAUGUAGCUAAAUAUAUUGUUCUUUCUAAUUGUUCUUGGAUUUUAAAUCAUUUAGGAAGGUCUUUCCCAUUCCCCAGUUGCAAAGGAACUCACCCAUCUUUUUUGGUAUUGUGUGGUCUCCUUUUGCUGUUGAGCUUUGAUCCAUCUGCAGUUUGUCUUGGUGUGGAGGGUGAAAUGAACACCCGACUUCGUCUUCCUGCGGGUGUAACAGUCGUCUCAGCUUCACUCACUCACAGGCCGCCGGGCAUGUCGCGGCGUCUGGGCCUGUCCUGGCCGCGCUGCCUGUUCUUCCCCAUCUGAACUUCGGAAUUAGCUCAUUUAGCUCCAGGAAAAGAUUUCGAUAUUUUUAUGGGAAUUACAUUAACUUUACCAGUUUACUUACAGGAGUUCGCCCUCUUUAUAACAGUUUCCGUGGGCAGGAACACUGUGUUUCUUUCGUGUUCAGGUUCUACUUUUGUGAGGUUAGGGGGUUUGUGGUGUUUUCCUCGGAUGGGGUUUCACAGCUCCUGUUGGUCUGUGCUCAGGAACGUCCUCCAGGCUGUGGACGGGGUCUGCCCCUCUGCUGUGUCUUUAACGGAGACCUUGGCUUGAGUAACUUUUGCCACCGUUCUGAGCUCUCUCACUUUGCAACCUACCCUCUCAGGCUGGAAACACACGGGUGCCCGGAGCCUCGGGCAGUGCCCCGACCCCGGCCUCCUGCCCCCACUCCCCUCCCUCCAACUCUCGUCCCACCUGAGGACCUGGGGACACAGCCACACUGACCGUACUGGGCAGCCCGUGCAACUUCAUAUCCGUGACACCCCAGGGCCCCAUGUCUGU